AUGUCAGACAUACCACUGGACUCGGACAAGAUUCGCAACAAAAGGCUGGCGAAACUGCAACAAUCACAACAACAGUCGCAGUCAUCAGAUCCCGCAGUCCCAAGUCAUGAUGGCACCCAGUCAACGCCUUCAUCUUUACCUCCCACUCCUCCGAUCAGUACACCUCAGCUCGCAACGCCCACUGAGCCGCUCACCCCCUCUAUCAGCAUCUCCGAUGCCCCAUCACCUGCGCCCUCCAUCAAAAUAAGCACAACUCCUGCAAAUGUUACACCGCAGAAGAGGGAGAUGGAUGGGGUGGAGAGGCCGAGUUCGAGGCAAAGCGUUAGGCCAAACGAGACCAUCGAACAGUGGGAAGACCGCACACUGCGAAACAUUUUCCGUCUAAGUCUUGAUCCUGCGCAAACGAAGGACCUCCAUGGCCAAACACUGCACACCCUGCCGCAACUUCGAGAAGAGCUAGAGGCGGAUGGCAAGCCGUUACUGCUGAGUAUCGACUUGCUUGAGCAGGCGAUCAUGGAGGCCGGAGGAAGCCCGGGAAAGACGACACCGCACGACUGGCUCUUUGGAUGCUGGAAGAGAAUCACGAGAUUGAGCAAGGGAGUUAAAGACCGAAGUCCAGAGAAUCGAAAAUGGUCCAUCAUCUCUGAAGCGAGGAGGUUGUGCAUGAGUUGGUGUGUACUAUCUGUAACAACUCCGGAGGUCUUUGGCGCAGAAUACGACGGCGAUGCUGCUCUGGCCGAUCACCUCCUGGCCGAUCCGGACGAAGAUCGCGGAGUAGAUCACGAUUUCUUGACCGAGGUCAUUACAAGAUUCGAGGAAGACGACACGAUCAAGCAGACUUUUGUGCGUGCAGUGGAACAACUCAGCAGGAGACUCGCCAAAAUGACCAUGGAUAGCGACUACCGACGGUACACUGCAAUGUUGCGGCACUUGAUAAGGUACAAACCUGUCGCGAUCGCCAUCACAGAAUCUCCCAUGUUUGUGGACAACUCUGUUCCUGCCGCGCAAUUAGAGGUGUCUACCCUGCUCGGUCCAUACUUCCAAAUCUCGCCUCUCCAAGCUGAGGUUACUAAACAAUACUUUUCCGGCCCAAAGACGAUGGACCCUGGCAGAAUCAGAAAUGCCCAGCAGUCCCUGCAGAUGUCUCUCAGAUCACACCAAACCGAAUUGUUCGACAUUGUGAACACCCUUGUACGAGCGUCGCCUGAGGCGCGUGACCAAGUGCUGAACUGGUUUGCCCUAGUGGUGAACUCGAAUCACAAGCGGAGAGCUAUGCGAGUGGACAAAACGACGGUCUCGAGCGAUGGAUUCAUGAUCAAUAUCACCACUUGCUUGGAUCAACUAUGUGAGCCUUUUAUGGAUGCUCAAUUCUCCAAGAUGAAUCGUGUAGAUAUCGACUAUCUGCGGAGGCAUCCACGAGUCGACAUCAAAGAUGAGACCAAGAUCAACGCAGACCAGGAUGAAUCAGACCGUUUUUACGAGCAUCCGCUCGAAGGCACCAAUAAUUUUAUCUCGGAGUGUUUCUUCCUGACAGUGGCUGCACAUCAUUACGGUAGCGAGGCCGCCCGGAACAUGCUAAAGGACAUGGAUCGGGAGCUCAAGCACAUGGCCAAGCAAAUCGAACAAUUCGAGACCGAGCGACACAAAUACGUCAAUAAUCCCAUGCAGUUGCAGAUGUUCGAGAACGCACUCAAGAAGUACAAAGACCAGCAUGACAAAGGCUUGUCGUACAAAUACGCGGUGCAGGGUGUGUUGCUCGACGAGCUCGCUCAGACUAGAUCGAUGCAGUUCAUGCGAUUUGUGACCGUUUGGCUCCUUCGCCAAGUUUCUACCCACCGUCAGUUUCCUAAGGAGAAGCUGACGCUUCCAUUGUCUGCGGAACAACCAGAAAUUUUCAAGAAUCUUCCCGAAUACUUCUUGGACGUUAUUAGCGGCAAUUUCGGGUUCAUCAUGUACAAUAUGCCACAGGUCAUUUCAUCUACUCAGUCCGAUGAAUUGAUUAUGUUGUGUAUCACUUUCUUACGAAAUUCCGAGUACAUCAGGAAUCCCUACUUGAAAGCAUCACUGGUUACAAUCUUGUUUCGAGGCACAUGGUCGUGGCGUCAAGGUGGUCGGGGCAUCCUGGCUGAUCAGUACAACAGCUUGCCCUUUGCGACCGAAUAUUUGCUACAUUCAUUGUUGAAAUUUUUCAUCGAAGCGGAAUUUAUGGGUGGUCAUGGUCAAUUCUUCGACAAAUUCAACGUUCGAUUCGAGAUCUUCCAGAUAAUCAAGUGCAUCUGGCCAAACACCGUCUAUCGAGACCAUCUCUACAAAGAAGCGAAGGUCAAUAUGGAGUUCUUCGUGAGAUUCGUCAAUCUUCUCUUGAACGACGUCACAUUUGUUCUGGAUGAAUCCUUUACCGCUUUUCACACGAUUUACGACCUAUCAAAAGAAUUGGCUCUUGCUGGCACGACUUUGGACCAGCAACAACGGCAGGAGAAAGAAGAGUCCUUGGAACAAGCCAAAAGCAAAGCGAAAUCUUACAUGCAGCUGACCAAUGAGACUGUGGACAUGUUGAAGUUGUUCACCGAAGCUCUUGCCGAUGCUUUCACAAUGCCGGAAAUUGUGCAACGACUGGCGGACAUGUUGGAUUACAAUCUCGACGCUAUGGUUGGACCGAAGAGCACCUCUCUCAAAGUUGACAACCUGCAGGAGUAUAAUUUCAAUCCGAAAGCGCUUCUUAGUGAAAUUGUCGACGUAUACCUCAAUCUCAGUGAGAAGGAGAACUUCAUCCUUGCAGUUGCUCGUGACGGGCGGUCAUACAAGCCAGAGAACUUUGUGGCGGCCGGCAACAUCUUGAAGAAGUUUGUCCUCAAAGCACCAGAAGAGCUAAACCGAUGGGGUCGACUGAUCGACAAGAUCAAGAAAUUCAAGGAGGAGGACGAAGCAGCAGAUGCCGAUCUUGGCGACAUACCAGACGAGCUCCUUGACCCGUUGAUGUAUACUUUGAUGGAAGAUCCCGUGCGCUUGCCUGUGAGUAAAAUUGUCAUCGAUCGCAGUACGAUCCGGAGUCACUUGUUGAGCGAUCCUCACGAUCCUUUCAACCGAGUGCCACUGAAGAUUGAGGACGUCAUACCUGCGACCGAUGUCAAAGAACAAAUCGAGAAACUCAAGCAAGAGCGGAUUGGAAGCCGGAGGAAGGAUUUCGUCGAGACCGUCAAGACAGAGGCAGGCGGCAAUGCUGAUGGAGAGGUUGCUCCCACAUCGGCUACGGACGACGCUGGUGGUGAGCCCAUGGAUCUCGACCAGUGA